GGCUCUGGCAGGACGGGGUCGAAAGGAGUUCCCUGGCAGGAGCUGGGCGCCGAGAACGCUGGGCGCGAGCACCGGAGCCCCGGCUCUCCGCACUAGCUCUCCCGUCCGGGUCCGCCGGGGCCCCUGCCUCAGAGCCCGGCAACUCCCGGCCGUCGCCCGCGUAGCCCCGAGGGCUCCUCGCCUCACCUGCGCGUGCCGCGCCCCGCGCGCCGGGUCCGCCUGCCGCGAUGAGCGAGCUUAACACCAAAACAUCCCCAGCAACCAACCAGGCAUCUGGCCCAGAUGAAAAAGGGAAAGCUGGCAAUGCCAAGAAGGCGGAGGAGGAGGAGGAGAUUGACAUUGAUCUGACAGCACCAGAAACAGAGAAGGCUGCCCUUGCCAUUCAGGGCAAGUUCCGGCGAUUUCAGAAGAGGAAAAAGGAUCCCAGCUCCUGAAUGGCCAGCCUUGUCCUUCACCCUAUUCCCUUCUCUCCCCUUCUCCACAGUCCUGACUCCCACGUAUCUUUGUCCCCUUUUUCCUCUAGUCUCUUGCUGAGGCAAAUUCAAUCCUUAUAUAUUCUUUUCUCUGGUCCCAUUAAACCAUCACAGCAGUAGAGGCACGAGCAACGUGGGGAAGAUGAAGACUUCGAUUGGCAGCCACUUGGCUAAGAGUGGACCAAUUUCUCCUUGGGGAUAAAGCUCCCUGAUCAGUAGCUAUGCCUGCCCUGUGGGGUUGAAGAACAAGAGGCUUUGAGGUUGAGAGACCUCUGCUUACACACACACACACACACACACACACACACACACAUGGUGUGGGAAGGAGGGGAAAGCCUUCAGAGUAGGGUACCUGCGGGUGGACAUAUUACAGCAUCCACACUUCAGGUAACAUUCUUUCCCUUUCAGAUCCUUCUGCACCACCACCUCCAACUUCCCCUCCUAGGAUCUAAGCCACAAUGCGGACUGGAGCCUCCUUUUCCCCCAGGCAGACCUGAUUCAAGCAGCUUACCACAAUAGUGCAUGCCGAGUACAUUAGUUCCAAGGAAGGAGGACUGGCCUGCUGCCCGUGAGGAAACGUUUCCUUCAUCGUGUAGUCUAGGACCACAAGGGGCAGAGGCAGAAGAGGUUCCAAGGCCACUGGCAGGGAAAUGAGAAGUAGGGUAGAUUUAGGGAGGAAAGAAAAACGGUGAAGGGGAAAAUCUCUGAGGCCACAAGUUACUGUUGGUGAAAGUAUGCUCAUGAAGGAUUCUUGGGGCUUUAGCUAACCUUCCUACCUCUAACCCCCGAAGUCUACCCGUCACCAGAGGCCAUACAAACCAAGUUACCCCUGUAGUUUCCACUUGCCCCACUCUGGAGUCAGGGCAGAAAUGGAAUAGCCAUUCUAUGUGACCUUAGCAUGUUUAAUAAUUAUAACAAUAAAAAACUCUUCAAUUGGGGUCAUUUAACCUCUACUAACGUUUCUUCUUGGGAGGAAUAUGAAAGUAAGCCUGAGCUGGCCCCAGGGAGGGUGGGAGACCAACUGCAUGGAUUACGUGGUGGCACAGGAAAUUAACACUUUCUGAGCAAUUUGCAGACUGAAGCUGCCCCUACCUUCCUUCUCUGACCUUCCCCUCACCUUGAUUUGCCACCCACAUUCUCUCUGCUGCUGUUACCACCCCCAGUGCACACCUGCAAGGGUGUUCAUCUUCCCUUUCUCCUUCCAGCUAAGAGCAUGCUCGGUACACAUCCCUCUGAAAAUAAACCUAGUCUUCCUUGCUCCCUAUCCCCAAAUGACCUAUCCUAGAUUUCCUUCCUGCUUUGUCUUCCUCCCACACUCGCCACACUUCCUCCCUCCUCGCCCACUAUUUAUCAAACAUAAGGGAAGGAGAAGACGACUGGUCCCUAGAGAGCACCACUGUUACACUGAUGAUUUUCAACCAUGAAUUAAAUAAAAUGAUGGUUUUCAAGUGAGCUUAUAUUGCUGGGAAAUGACCUCUAUACAUUGAAACCAGAAGCCAAAUGCUUGAAGACUGAGCAAAGAAUGAUCUGUCUUCUCCCCC